CGCCGCACUGUGGCGGGUGGUAGUGAAAACAGGUGGCGAAGAAGAAGAAGGUAGGAAAAAAUCCUUUUAUUCUCGCAUUUUGGGGCUCAAAAAAUCCGCCGGGGUGGAAUCUGUGCAUCAGUUUGCGACGUAUGUGAGCAAGUGCGGCCGCAGAAUCAUGAGUAAGAUGACGAAGAACAAAUUCGGGCUGGUUCUGCCGCCGGGAGCAGUGACAGCUUCGGCCGCCCCACCGCAGUCCCAGUCAACUCCGCCGAUUCGGACGCCCUCGAGUUCAGAUCCCUUCUCGCCGAAUCCGUCAAACAUGAACCGACAGAUGUUCGGGAAGCAGAAGACCAGCAUCGAGGCUCUGACGGAGACUCUGGAGGAGUUAGAGAUGGACGACACUGCGCGCAAGAGGAUCAAGGUGUUCCUCAGCCAGAAGGAGAAGAUCGGGGAGCUGAGCGACGAGGAUCUGGAGAAACUGGGCGAGCUGGGCUCCGGCAAUGGCGGUGUGGUGAUGAAAGUGCGUCAUGUUCCCACGCAGCUCAUCAUGGCGCGCAAGCUGAUUCAUCUGGAGGUGAAGCCGGCAAUUAAGAAGCAGAUCAUCAGGGAGCUGAAGGUGCUGCACGAGUGCAACUUCCCGCACAUCGUGGGCUUCUACGGGGCCUUCACGAAUGACGGUGAAAUCAGCAUUUGCAUGGAAUACAUGGACGGAGGCUCUCUGGACCUAAUUCUGAAGCGCGCCGGACGCAUUCCCGAGGCGAUUCUGGCCAAGAUCACCGCCGCCGUGCUCAAAGGACUGAGCUAUCUGCGGGACAAGCACGCCAUCAUGCACAGGGACGUGAAGCCGAGCAACAUUCUCGUUAACAGCAGUGGCGAGAUCAAGAUUUGUGAUUUCGGUGUGUCUGGACAGCUGAUCGACUCCAUGGCCAAUUCCUUCGUGGGCACGCGGAGUUACAUGUCGCCAGAGCGACUCCAAGGCACACACUAUUCCGUGCAAUCUGACAUCUGGUCGCUGGGCUUGUCGCUGGUCGAGAUGGCGAUCGGAAUGUAUCCAAUUCCGCCGCCGGACGCCAAGAUGCUGGAGUCGAUCUUCGGGGAGAAUGGCGAGGACAGCAGUUCUUCCAUCAUCGAGCCCAAGCCGAUGGCAAUCUUCGAACUCCUGGACUACAUUGUCAACGAGCCACCGCCGAAGCUGGAGCACAAGAUCUUCUCAGAGGAGUUCAAAGACUUUGUUGAUAAAUGCCUGAAGAAGAACCCCGACGAGAGGGCAGAUCUCAAGACUCUGAUGAACCACCCGUGGAUCAAGAAUGAGCGCGAGGACGUGGACAUUGCCGGAUGGGUGUGCAAAACCAUGGAUUUGCCCCCAUCGACGCCUAAGCGAAACACCACACCAAACUGAAGGGAUUUUAUUCCUCCCAAAAGAGUCAUUUUACUGAAUGUUUUAUCGAGAAAUUCUAUCAAUGUCCAGCAUCUUGAAUUUAUUGCCAUCCGAGAGAGCUCAGAUUGUCUUCUAUUUAUUGUAAAUACCAGAGAGAUUGCGAAUCCCGCUCAUCCAGAGCUGGAUUCUCACCCCAAAGUCACCGAAGAGAGCGUCGAAGAACAUUCCUCACCAUGUGUUUGUUCCUCCAGAACUGAAGGAAUGGUUUUUCGUGUAAUUUUAAAGUCCUGAGUUUAUUUAUUGCAGUCUAUUUUCUACAGAUUUAUUUUAGGGUAACCAUACAAUUAAUUAUCUCUAUAUAUUUCAUGUGUUAAUUCAGAGUAUUCGUAAUAAAAAUAUCAAAUUAGAAAUCAAAUGGCAUUUGAGGUGCUGAAAUUUUGUGUAUCAAUCGCAGUGAGGAAGGGAUUGUUGACUGUGGUCAGUUUAGCGAUCCCAAAUCGAUCCAAAUGGGCCAAAUUGUUCGUGACAUUAUCAAUGUAACUGUUGCUUUAAACCGGGCUUUUUCACUACUCAAUAAUUGACUGAACUUCUGUGUCAAUUUUUGAUCAAUCUCUGUGACCUUUUUCACAAGCACAGAAAAGUGAGAAAGGAAUAUUUUGCUGCGGUAAGUGCAUUUAUUGAGAUCUUAUCGUUAUUCUUCCAUCAUUUGUGGAUUUCCUCUAAUUCCCUGACUCAAUUCACUCAGACAUGGCACAGCUAUCAUUGGAGGAAUUGCAAAUAAAAAUUGAAAAAUUACUUCAAAUACGCAAUAAGUUGCUUCAGAUGCGCGAAAAAUCACUUCAAAACCGCGCCAAGAUUGAGGUCCUGAAGGUGAAGUUGGCGGAGCAGGGCGAGGAAUUAAAUUGCGAUUUCUUGGAUCUGCAGUAUGAGAUGUGAGUAUUGCACUUAAUAACUUAUGCUAUAGAGCUUUGAUUAUCUAGUCCUUUUCUCUUUCCUUUCAGUGAAGAUCUGAUUGAUGAUAUAGAUGAUAUUGAGGAUCAUAUCGAAAAACACAUCGCAGUGAUAGAGAACAUGAUGAGAAACGAAUGGAUCUCGUAAGCCUUGAAGAGGAUCUUGAAGACUUUGAAGAUGACUGAAGAGAACGAAUCUUGAAAUUGGAAUUGAAGGAUUGAAAAACUAAUGGAAAUAAUUUAUAAGUCAAGUCUAGUCUGAACGUUACAAUAUAACCUAAUGGGACUUCAUAUUCACCUCUCUG